AUAUAUCUACUGUACUCACAGAAGGAAGCUUGCUAUGGUGCGAAGCAGGGAGAGAGCUGACGUCCCAGAGAUCCUGCCUCUAGGAUUUGAGUGUUUAAAGGAACUGCUCCUCACCUUUGCUGCAAACGCAGCCUGCACGUGCAGGAUCUGAAAGGGCUGGAAAGAGCAGCAGCUACCAAAAGUUCUUGCAAAAUGCAACCCCUUCGUUUCGACACUGAAACCUCACUAGGAGUGUUGGUAAUGGACUAUGGACGGCUUUGUGUAGACCACUGCUCAGUCUUUGCAAACUGGGGAAGUACUUAUUCCCAGGCCUCAUGAACAGGAGAGAGAGCAAAGUUUUGAAACAGAAGCUAUGCUGAUGCUUCCUUGUUUUGAAUGGGCUGGGUUUCUUCUCGUGCAUGUGUUUCCUUCUAUGAUCAGUCACGUCACAUAUUAGAUUUCUGCCAAUCACCACUAAGGGACGAAAUCGACUCGAAAGAAUCUAUGAAGCUUUUUUCUUUUUCUUUUCUUUUUGGGGUAAAAAUAAUAAUCAGGCAAGCAUUUUUUUGGUACGCCAAAACUUGACCAUGUCUUCUGAGGACUGCGUUAUGCUAGAUGUGGAGUUGGAUGGCUUCAUUCUUUGCAACACCUCUUCUGCUCAACAUGCAAAUCUGUCCUUCCUGGAUGAGGACUUGUUUUACUAUCGGUUCCUGUAUGCAAUUCCGACCAUUUAUGGGAUCAUCAUCUUGAUAGGACUCGUCGGCAAUGUUACGCUCAUCAAAAUCUUCUGCACCGUGAAGUCCAUGAGGAACGUCCCCAACUUGUUCAUCUCAAGCUUGGCUUUUGGAGAUUUGCUUCUUUUGCUCACCUGUGUUCCUGUGGAUGCCAGCAGGUACCUGUCUGCUGAAUGGCUGUUUGGUCGGGUUGGAUGUAAACUUAUCCCUUUCAUACAGCUGACUUCGGUGGGGGUGUCCGUCUUCACCCUCAUGGCUCUCUCUGCUGACAGGUAUAGAGCUAUAGUGAGACCAAUGGACCUUCAAGCUUCCCACGCCCUGAUGAAGAUUUGUUUGAAAGCUAUCAUGAUCUGGAUUUUAUCUAUGCUGCUUGCCAUUCCUGAAGCUGUGUUUUCAGACUUGCGACCUUUCUAUGACAAAGGCACUAACAAAACAUUCAUCAGUUGUACACCCUACCCACUGACCAAUGAGCUGCAUCCAAAAAUUCAAUCCAUGGCUUCCUUUCUCAUCUUUUACAUAAUUCCCCUGUCUGUUAUUUCAGUAUACUAUUAUUUCAUUGCCAAAAACCUGAUACGGAGUGCUUACAACCUACCGGUGGAAGGAAAUGUCCAUGUCAGAAAACAGAUGGAAUCGCGAAAACGCCUAGCCAAGACAGUGCUGGUUUUCGUCUGCAUCUUCGCUUUCUGUUGGCUGCCCAAUCACAUCAUCUACUUAUAUCGAUCGUACCACUAUUCCGAGGUGGACACAUCCAUUCUGCACUUUAUCACUUCUCUCUGUGCUCGGAUCCUGGCAUUUGCCAACUCUUGCAUUAACCCCUUUGCACUCUACCUGCUCAGCAAAAGUUUCAGGAAACAAUUUAACCACCAGCUUUCAUGUUGCAAAGCCCGCAAGCUCAUGAAGUCCCAGAGCAGAAGCACCACGCGGAUGGCGUCCCUCAAGAGCUCCAACCAAUCGAUGGUCGUGUUCAGCUUCAUCAAUGGCAACCACCCCUGCCACGAGGAGAAUGUAUAGGCUGCACCACAGAGACUGAAAACGGUCACAAGAUCUGUGUAGCCAUUGCUGCUUGUUUUGUUAUGUUUGUUUGCUCCUGUAAGUAACAAAUGUACAUAAUUGCACAGAGAGGCGGACAGUGACCAGAGAACAAACUGACAGCAUGCGAGCAAGGUUUAAUGCAGAGCAGAAGGGCUGCCCAUACCUGCACUGUCAUUUUUAGGGUCUUGCAUUAUAAUAUGUGGGUUCCUUUUGGUUUCUACUGUUCAGAGAUGAAUGUUGAAGGCAUCCAAGUCCUCAUCAGAUUAUCAGCCUGUUCCUUUGUUAGCCUUGUACAGAAGACUGCGGAGGGAGGAAACUUUUUUGGUAUGUGCAGGUUCUGGAAGAAAGUCAGGGUUAUUAUCAUUAUCGUUAUUUAUUGCUAGAAUGAGCCAGUCCCCCAUUUUGUCCUUCACACUGUACGGAAACAGCCACAGGGUCCAGAGUAGAGCCAGCUCUCCAUCUUCACUGUCCCACACUCCACUCUUCUGGACCCAUAAUACCCACUGAUAAGGCAUUCUCAUCCCCUUUCUGUGAAAUACCUGCAUAGAUGGGACAGUCCUAGUAGCCGAGUCAGAUCAGUGUAGUACAUUUGCACUUGCGCAACAGGUUAGCACAUAUGCAGAGAGAGCACGACCAUUUUCAGAGAUUGGCCUGAAGGCUUUCCCCCCAUUUUGUCUGGUAGGAUGCUAACUUCUUACUUACACCAUUUUAAAUGAGCAAGCCUGCAACAAAAACGAAAUAACAAAAUGAUGUAAGGGAUUCCCUGGUUCUAUCUUACCUGCCCACCUUCACUCAUGCUUAAGAAAAGACCUUUAUGGUUUUGUUUUUUGCACUAAAGUAAGGCAGCAUUUCUAAGCAUGCUUAGUUUAGAGUAAAACCUAUUUAACCCAAAGUGAUGUCAUCCAGGGAUUUUUAAAAGGAAUUUUCACUGUGACAGAGGGCAAGGGAAUGAACACAAAAGGGCACUUAAAAAUCAUGCAACAGUGCAUUUUUCAUCUUCACUUGAAAUAAUUAAACACACAUUGAUUUAAAUAGGCAAACGUCUUGGAACAUAUAUUCUAAUAGUAAAUUGUUGUAAUUUAAAGAAACUUGGCAUUUAAAAUGAAACUAAAAUGUCCAGAACUCUCUUUUUUUUAUAAUCCAUUCAGCAUAAAUCUCCUGAGCAGGCUGACAUUGUCUCCUGACUUUGAUUGAAAAAAAGUGGACAACAGCCAGUUGGGGAUCACAACAGGCUGUACCAAGCCCAUUCAGAGCUGGGUUUGGCCAUGCAUUAACUACCUGUGUUUGUGUGUCAUUAUGCAGGGACACAAUUAUUUUUAGUUUGCACUGUGUGGUGAGAGAAUUGCAAUUGCUGCCAGACAUUAUUGCACCAUGCUAUAAUUUAUAGGAAUCAGCUAGUGAAGAUACAGAGACACUGAACAUCCUAAAUCACUCCAAUGUGGGAAAUUGGGGCACUUUAGAAAUUACUUCCCAUGGUUCCCUUCCUUCUUCUAUGCAAGAAAGAUUCUAGCAUACAAUAUCAAUCCUGUCUUCACAAGCUGUGUGAGUAACUAUGUUUAUAGCAGACCUUGGAUAGCAGACAGCUUAGGGUCCUGUUCUUAAAGAAGAUGCUUUGCUAAAAAAAUUGUUCAGCUGCUUGCACACUUUCCAAACAAAUUGCACAUGCAUUUUGACUGUUAACAAAUCUUCAGUUCUUUCACUUUCACCAUGACCGGCGAAGUUAAAUUUGGAUUUGGAUUCACAUCUCCAGGGAAAGGACCUUCCUUCAUUAACUGUAGCUUUCUGAUUGCUGAAUCUCUACAAGCAAGUAUGCCAGGAAAGAUGCUCUUAUCACAUUACAGAUAAUAUUGUAGAACCUGGUGCACAUCUAAGCUAUUCCCGUUUUGUUAGCCAAAUGUGUUUUAUCAUUCCAUGUUUUCAGAAGACCAUGGGCUUCUGCUUUUUCUUUUCUAUCUUCAGUCUUCUUAAGACUUUCUGGCAACUAGUCUGGUUGAGCAACACUAUUAUUAAUGAGGUGGACAUGGUGCUGUAUAAACCAUACAUAGUGAUUUUGCAAAAAUUGUUUUGAUGAGAGAAAGACAGAACCCAGUAGGUUUGUUUUAUUCUUUGAUGUGUGGAAGUAGGUGUUCCAAGCUAAUAGGCUAGCCUUCCAGAUCUUCAGCUCUGGAACAGUGGUGAUGAUGCAGCAAGGUCUGAUCAGUGAGCACAGCACCAAAAAGUCAAACUUUCUCUAAUGUGCUGAUCUCUUAAAUGUUUCCCAAGACCAGAGUUCUUCGUUGUGUUUGCUGAUUCUCCAGUCAUUUCCAUCCGUUUCUUGACAUCAGAACUACAUUAUUUCUGGGCUUCUUUCAUGUAGUUCACCAGAAACUACAUUAUUUCAGGGCUUCAAGCAAACCUUUAGCCCUAUUCUGCUCUGGCAGAUGCAUCAGUAGGAAAAGAUUUCUCCAAUUUCUGUUUGUCAUUGCAGUUCUACAACUAAUACAUUUGUUAUCUUCUGUUUGCUGACACUGCCAUCAAUGGGAGUACUGAAUGCCAAACAUUCAUCAAAUUUUCAUUUUAGUUCUGUGGCACUGAUACUUGCCAACACUUCUCUGUAAUAAACAAGAUCUCUACAGUGAUUAAAUGCUGGUAGUUUCACGAUCAGGUCUUUCGUCAUUCAUAAGUCACUCUAAGCGGUUGGUAGCAAGAGUGAUCAAGGACCAGAUAUGCAGAAAUAGGCUCCCCACAUGCCAAAGUGACUGUGAAUUUGAUAUUUUCUGCAUUUUGUGUCUUCCGUAUUUUCAGCCAUGGAUGUUUAUCACUGCUUUUCUCCCGGUGCAGCUCUAUUGCCUGCUGAUGCACUUCCAAAUUGAGGUGAUUCACAAUUCUUUUAAAAUGACCAUUUCUGUCAGAUCCCAGUGAAGUCAACACAGUACUGUACUAAUUCUUAAAGUACCGUAUUUUUUGCACCAUAACACUCACUUUUUUCCUCCUAAA